GCGGAACCCAAACAAACCCUAAAUUCUCCGCCGAGCGUGGUUGAUAUAGCCGUAACCCAUUCAAUAACUAUUCUCCAAGCCCUAUAAACCAGGAAAGGGAAGCAAAAACACCAAAAAUGGUCCCAGAGGGGGUCGAACCCUCGACUUUCGCGUUAUUAGCACGACACUCUAACCGACUGAGUUAUGGAACCGUGAUGGAGUUGCCGAGCCGGAUUUUUGACACCAUGAGCUGGGCCGGUUUCAUGGCAUGUCAAGAGGCUGUGAGGGGUUGAUAACAAUCAUUGAACAAGGAAAGAAUGCAGGGAAUUGAAUUGGAGAGAUAUUAAGGAUUUAGGCCUGGAGGACCGAAAUUUCAUUGACGAUGGAGUUCAUGGACUGGUUUGUGGGUAGGGUGGAGGAAGCCAGCUGGGAGCGUGGGACACUCUAGUUCGAAAGAAAGAACGAAUAUCAACCGUUUGAUGUCUAAUCUGG